AUGGCUAGUUUGAGUCCGGAUAAUUCUUUUGCAAAUUAUGAUAAAGAUAGAAUUAUGAAACCUGCUACACUUUAUCCUCAUGAGUUUAGUAGUUCAAAGAUUGAAGAUCUCAGCUACGAGCUUGACAACUAUAUUCUCUUUGUGAAUGAAGACAAUGAUUUCUCUAACUUGAAAGGACUUGGAGAUCUUUCGGAAACACUAGUUGAAACAGAUUUGUACAAGACUUGGAGACUUAUUUUUUUGCUUGUGAAGUUAAGUCUGAUGUUGCUUGUCGCUAUUGCAAUGGUAGAAAUAGCUUUUUCUUCAAUGAAGUACAUCAAAAAUGACUUGCGUAGAGGAAUUGGCACAACAACUGGCUAUUACUCAGCUGUAAAGUCACCAGAAACUCCUAGCACAGUAGCACCGGGGACAGCUCUCCAUCUAAACAGGUACCGGAGAGAUCGAGUAACAACGGGUCGAUGA